UCCGGCAGGAGAGAGCGCGAGCGCGGAAGAGUCACAACACGGUGCAUUUUUAUUUUUUAAUUUGUUCCCCGCGAUGAAAUGUUAAUGUUGUAGUUCUGUGAGAGUCACGAGGAGCCGCUGCAGCUGUUUGAGUCUCACCUGAAAACUGCAAAGUUUCCUCCAUGUGGAUAUUUGUCGCGCUGUGGAUCUGUGAGCUGUGACUGCUGACAGGAUUUGUUUUAAAAAAGGAGCCUGGAGAAGGAUCCGACCUUCGCACCUGAACACCGGGAGAGCUGCACCGUUCCGUCCGGCCAGACUCCGGUCUCCCCUCCGUGCUUCUAGCAUGAUGUCUUAUCUCAAACAGGCCCCGUACGGGAUGAACGGACUGGGCCUGAGCGGAGCCGCCAUGGACCUGCUGCACCCGUCUGUGGGAUACCCCGGCAACCCGCGGAAGCAGCGCCGGGAGCGGACCACCUUCACCCGGACGCAGCUGGACAUUCUGGAGUCGCUGUUCGCCAAGACGCGCUACCCGGACAUCUUCAUGAGGGAGGAGGUGGCGCUGAAAAUCAACCUGCCCGAGUCCAGAGUGCAGGUCUGGUUUAAGAACAGACGAGCCAAGUGUCGGCAGCAGCAGCAGAGCAGCAACAGCGCCAAGGUGAAACCGAUGAAGAAGAAGUCGUCUCCGACAAGAGAGAGCACCGGUUCAGAGAGCAGCGGCCAGUUCACCCCGCCGGCGGUGUCCAGCUCCUCCUCCACCUCCUCCUCUACAUCCUCCUCUUCUUCCUCCUCCGUGUCCUCAGGCCUUGGUGGUCCCGGUCUGAUCAGCACCUCUACCUCCGUCACCGCCCCGGUGUCGUCCAUCUGGAGUCCAGCACCCAUCUCCCCUGCCCCGGCUCCAGCCACACUGCCUGACCCCGCCCCCCCCACCAGCGCCUCCUGCAUGCAGCGCUCCGUGUCGUCCUCCGGCACUGGGGCAACGCCCUCCUAUCCAGUGUCUUACGGCCAAACGGCGGCGGCGUACAGCCAGGGUUACCCAGCCUCGGCAUCAGGCUCUUACUUCGGUGGCGUGGACUGCGGCUCAUACUUGGCACCCAUGCACUCCCACCACCACCCUCACCACCCUCACCAGCUCAGCCCCAUGACUGGCAGCUCCAUGUCGGGACACCCGCACCACCACAUUGGCCAGACGUCAGGCCACCACCACCAUCACCACCACCCAACGCACCACCACCAGGCGUACAGCGCGCCCGGCCUCACCUUCAACUCCACAGAUUGUCUGGAUUACAAAGAGCAGACGGCGGCGUCGGCCUGGAAACUCAACUUCAACGCCUCCGACUGUUUGGACUACAAAGACCAGGCCUCGUGGCGUUUCCAAGUGCUGUGACUUCCUGUGUUUCUCUUCUUCUCUGCUUACAAAGAAGUAUUCUUUUUGUUGUUGGUGGUUUAUUUUUGAAGAUCGUUUAAACUAAUAGUAGAGACAUUUUAAGAAAGUUUAUUUGUGAAAAAAUGAAACGAUGCUCCGAUAUCUGAAACAUCGGGGUUCAGGUCUGUCGUCAUCAGUGGAUCGACUCGUCCAGGAUUAUUUUUCUACUCCCGAACUUGAGAGAAACUGACCCAUUUACAACUCUUGAAGGCCUUUAAAAGUAAAAUUUCAGUGGAACCUGCAAGAUUGUUCAGUCUGGGAUCGUCUCAGUUGAUUCACUUCAACUUGAUUGGGAUUAAUCUUUAAAGAAAUGACAUGAAAAAAAUAUUAUGAAUUAGACUCUUGAGUGGGCUUUUCCCAAAACUUUUUAUCAAAAACAUGAUGCUGCUAUGAUUUUCAGGUUGCUGAUGUUCAUUUCUAUCUGAUUUCCAACUUGAAUCUUGUUCAGAAACUCGUGGUCCAGCCUGUGGGGUGUUGUAUUUUGGAGGUUGAAUUGCAGCACUUGUUUAUAAGGUGAAAGAUUUUGCUAUUUGUUCUUUGCAGAGGAAAGAAAAUAAAAAAAAUGUGAAAUUAGACACGCAAUGUCAGUAUUCCAUUGAAAUUUGAAAGUUGUACAUUCG